UGCUAAAAUUUCCGUACAGGGCCUAUCUGAAGUUCUAGACAUAAUCGCCCCAGAAAAUUCAAGAUUUCUAGGCUUCAAACCAGUGGAUAUGCAAAGUCCAGCAGAUAAUGAAACUGGAAGAAUGGAAACUUCUGCUGGAGGGGAGUUAAUUUCAUUUGAAGGUGAUACAGUUCAAGAACCAUAUGAGGGCAUGCUAUUUGAAUCAGAAGGAGCUGCCAAAGCAUUCUAUGAUGAAUAUGCCAGAAGGGUGGGAUUUGUGACUAGAGUUUUAUCAUCCCGUAAAUCAGAGCGUGAUGGGUCAAUUAUCUCUCGUGGACUGGGAUGUAGAGGGGGUUCUGACAAUAAAAAAGCAAGGCACCUUCAAACACAGAAGCGAGACAGACGACGAGAAGGCUGCACAGCUAUGAUUUUGGUGAAGAGAGAGAAGCCUGGGCAGUGGAUAGUUAGGAAAUUUGUGAGGGACCAUAAUCAUCCUCUGGUGGUUCAGUUGCAAAAGAGUCGUCCAACUCUAGAUGAGAAGGAUAAGAAAAUCCAGGAGCUUACUGCUGAACUGCGGGUUAAGAAACGGUUAACAUCAGCAUACAGAGAACAGCUUCUAAUGUUUGUGAAAGACGUUGAAAACCAUAAUGAACAUUUAUCAAAGAAAGUUGAGGUUGUUGUUGACAAUUUGAAAGACCUUGAAGCUAAAAGGCAGGAGCUUUUACAGCAUAGAUAGAACCAGUAAGUAGGAGCAUAAAGCACUGACACAGAACUAGAUAGCUAGUUGUAUUUAUGUUGGAAGUAAAGCUUCAACAAGCUACUGCAGGUGGAGGCUGAGGUUUUUGUGACAUCAGAGCUCACAACAUCUUCAAAUUGGCUUCAAAUUGAUUUCAGUGGGCGUAUCAAAGAUGAUCUGAGUUUGGGGUAUUGAAAUUAACUACAAGUUUGCUAAGCCUUGAUGUAGUUUUAUGAAUCAUGUCACAGGCCAUUACUAUUACGUAAAGCUUAUAUAUCAAACCCAGCCUUUUACCCUUUUUAGGAUUGAUGGUCCCGUUUAUUUAUUAUGCAGCAGCUUCUCUGCUACUUACAGAUAUUGUUAAUCAAUCUGAACAAACUCAAAUGUUGUAACUCCUAGUUUGAUAUGGAAAGAAAUUGCAAUAUGUUACAAUGGAA